AUGUAACCAAUAGCAAACAGAAUGUUAAAUUACUUGUAACCUCAAAUGUAUGCCAAGUUUACAAUGUUGGCAAACUAAAAGGGAUGCAUAAAUUUAGGCCAAGGAUUCCCAAAUUUCCCAUCCCCAUAAAUGAUUAGAGAUGCUCUUUCAGAAGAAGCAUAAACAGAAUCUCUUCAAUACACCAUGACAUCUGGACAUCCAAAAUUGUUACAUUCAGCUUCUAAAUUCUUCGAAUAACAAAUUGGAUGCAAAAUUAAUGUGGACAAAGAGAUUAUGGUCAGUUCAGGUGCUUAGGCAGUAUUGAGCUGUGUAAUGUAAGGAGUAUUAAAUCCAGGAGAUGAAGUAAUUUUAUUUGAUCCUGCCUUCGAUUUAUACAGACCUAUGAUAGAAUUCCAAGGUGCAAGACAUAUUGGGAUUCCAAUCAUUCCCAAAAAAUUGAAUAACAAAUAGGAAAUCAUCAAAAGAUUCAAAGAUGGCAAAUUCUAAUACUCCUAAGAUGAUGAUUGGGAAUUAGAUUUCAAUUAUUUAGAGAGAGUUAUUAAUAAAAAGACUAAACUACUCUUGUUGAAUUCACCAAUGAAUCCAAUUGGAAAAGUAUUCAGUACAGAAGAAUACAAUUAAUUAGCUGAUAUUCUUGAUAAACAUCCUCAAGUAGUUGUUUGUGAGGAUGCAGCCUAUCAUCAUAUUACUUUUGGGAAAUAUCAGCCAUUUAAUUAUCCUAGAUGCAUUACACAUCCAAGAUUAAAGGAUAGAACUGUUUGUGUAACAAGUGCAGGUAAGAUGUAUUCAUCCACAGGAUUAAGAGUUGGAUUUGCUGUAGGAAACGAAGAGAUUAUCAAAGGAAUAAAGGCAGCUUAAACUUAUCAUAUAUUUUGUUUGAAUCCUGUGAUACAGACAGCAACAGCAAAAUGCUUAGACUAAACUCUGGAUGGAAAGUACUUUUAAUCAGUUAAGAACUUAUAUGAAGAAUAAGCGAAUAUGUUAUUAAAAGGGUUGGUUGAGAGUAGAUUGAAUAUGAAUUAUUGGGUUCCAUAGGGAGGGUAUUUCAAAUAUUUCGAUGACAAUGGAAAUAGAUUAACCAGAGACUUUGCUUUUGCAUACUACAUGAUUAAUGAAUUUGGAGUUGUUUGCAUCCCUUGUUCUCCAUAUUAUGAGAAUAAAUAACUAGGCCAGAACUACGUCAGAUGGGCUUUCUGCAAAACAACUGAAACCAUCCAAGAGGCCAUCAAUCGCCUUAAGUGA